UUCUUCAAAGCCCAUCUUACGCACCUUCCUUUCUCCUCCUCGCCGUCGCCGCAAUAAACCCCAGCAAGAAACCGCACCCCGCCUCGCCGCCGGCGCCUCACCGGAGACGGCACCCAUGGCCUCCAGCCGGGCGCUCCACUUCCUCACCCCCUACCGCGGCAUCUCGUCGACCCCGCACCUCGCCUCCCUCGGCUGGUUUGACAAGAUCAAGUCCACCUUCACCGGCAAGAAGCCCGAGGCCUCCGAGGCAGACUCCUUCACCCUCAUCAAGUUCGCGGACACGAUGGAGAUGGCGAGGAAGGUGGGGACGUUCAAGAACUUCGUCGCCGGGCGGGCCAGCGAGGCCACCGUCGUCAACGCCUUCGAGAAGCAUUCCGCCGUGCUGCGCUACCUCGGCGCCAUCGACCCCACUGGCGAGAAACUCCAAAAUACUGACAAGAUUAACGCGACCAAGCACUGCAACUGCACGAUUGCUGAUGUGGAGCACAUACUGGCCAAGUAUACAUGGGCGAAAGAGGCACAGAAGAAGAUGGCAAAGCUCAAGGAAGAAGGAAAGCCAUUGCCAAAGACAUUUAAUGAGAUCCAAAAUCUAAUGGGUUCUACACCAAUGGACGUCGGCCGAUCUAAUCUGGCGAAGAGUGGUCAGAUAAGUAGGAAUGCUCUCUGCCCAUGUGGUUCUAAGAAACGAUAUAAAAGGUGUUGUGGAGCUUCAUAAGGUGAACAAUCAUGCUUUUGUUGUUUGCUUGGACGGGAUGAAGGCCGGUGGCAGCAUUUAGGUUUGCUGUGAUCAAGAAAGGCCUUUUGGCAAUUCUGAAUGUGAGCAUGCAGCUAUUUCCUCGACAAACCGUAUGAGCAGCCGAGCAUGUGACUUUUAAACUUGUAAAACACCAUAUGUGAGCCCUGUACUUUGUGAAAAACCUUUGCUCGAAUUGUGUGAUUUCUUAGUUGAUUUGAUUCGUCCUUGCUGAUGAAUCUGAGUAACAUCCAUUUAGCUUGUUCAGAGUUCUCAAACAAGGCCUGAGACCCUGAGUAUGUUUUUUUUUUUUUGAAAAUAGACCCUGAGUAUGUUUUAGGCUUCGCUGUUGCUCAACAUUUUCUGUUCUAGGUGGCAUAAGGAGUUAUGAUAGAUGAAUCUGAAUAAAGUAACUGGCUUUUGCUUCACAUCU